AUGUUUUCAAGGAGUAACAAACAUGGUGCGUUGCUUAGCAACUUACUGGCUGCAAUCAGUGACGAAAGAUCGAAGGGGUCCACGGUGGGCAGCCAUGUAGCGACGGCUCCGUCGAAUUGUCCCAUGAUCGCUGUAGAUCUCCACUUACCUGCGUCACUAGCCGUCGGAGCCACGUUGGCAGCCCAACCAUUUGGUGUGGCCAUUCCCCAAUUGACCCAUUCGGGCGCAAGCGGCAAGUUGCAAGUUGCCAUGGCGUUCCCCACUCUCAGUCGGCGCCAUGUGGCAACACCGAUCAACCGCUGCAAGCGAAGAUCGCACCGUUAUCAAAGCCACCGCAACUGCAACACACCAAAAGUAUCUUCACCUCUAAAAUGCGAGCGCAGCGAGUCCCUGCGGUCCACGUGGAUGACCAGUGGCAGCGACUCCAUGGAGGAAGAUCCAGACGUCAGCCAAGAGACUGACGCCGAUUCUGAAGCGCUCCAGGUGUUCGUACAAUUACAACGGCCACUUAGUGACUGGGUCUACUGGCAACGGGACGCCGUGGCACUCCCGGACUGCUGGACGAAAGUUUUUGCCGUAUUUUGUGGCAACAUCCUAUGGCUCUAUCGCUACGAGGACGCGUCGGCUAAGAGUCUACUUGUGCGAAUGCGUGUCACGGCACUGGACGACGGCAACGACGGCCGCCAACUACUAUUCCGUGACGCUACAACAGCAACCAGCGUGCAGCUCUACAUGCCAGAUGCCUCGGCCUUCUCUCGCUGGCAUAGUCACGUAUCCACCGAAAUAGCCAAAUUUCCUUCGGGAGAGGAAGAGGAAGAGAGCGCGAGACAAAGCGCGGAAAUGGUGCCUGCAGUUGCGUCAGCCAUGAAGAAAAAGCGCUUCUGGAAGGCUUUGGCCGCAGCCAUAAUUGCAGUCAAGCAGGUGCUGCACUAUGAGGAUCUCGCACCUCGUCGGGAUGCAGCGCGCCAUCACGUGCUUCCUGUGUUGGAUGAACAGCGCCGCAGCUGA